GACGCAUGCGUAAAACAUAUUUCCGUUUCGUAUGCCCUUCACGUUUUGGUUCUUGGUAGAGAAUCAAACAGAACUGGCAAGAUGUUAAUGGAUUUGCUGUUUUUCGCUUCAGGCUUUGGUGGUUCAGCGUUAUGGAACUUUAGGUCAGGAGUGCCAUUGCAUCGAGGACACCCAAGAAAUUUUGCAUGUGGAGUGGCAUUUGGUGUUUUUGGAUAUUACUUUCGUACAAAGCUGGAUGAAAUGGAUAGAGUGCGACUGUUUCAGUUAGAGGAGUAUGUACGAACACAUCCAGAAGAUUUUCCAACAAUAGAACGAAAAAAAUGGGGAGAGGUUUUCAAAGAGUGGAAGGCCCCUUUCAGACCCGAUUGUGAUUAGUGAAAGAAGUGUGAUAUAGGAAAUAUGAACUGUAAAUUAGACAGUUUAAUUGAUUUACUUCGUUUACUGAUCAGUUUUAAUUGGAUGUAAGUGAAAUGACUGAAUGUACUGUGUAUUUAUGUAAAUAAAAGACGUUUGUUUCUAUCAA